AUGGGAUUCACAGAUUUUCUUUGUCAAUCACUUCAAAGAAAAUCUCAGGACAUUGUAAGUGCUUUGAAUCUUGUUUCAAGUACAAAAAUGAAGCUUGAUGAGUUGAGAAAUAAUGGUUGGGAUGAUUUUAUCAAAAGUGUGCUAUCAUUUUGUGAACAACAUGACAUUAGUGUACCUGAUAUGAGUACUCGUCAUAAAAUGGGUACAGGUUGUUCUUGUCAACAACAGGAUUCUAUUAUAGUUGAGCAUUAUUUCCGUAUUGAUGUAUUUAAUGAUGUAAUAGAUUUUCAGUUGGUAGAGUUAAAUACUAGAUUUCCAGAGCAAAUUGUGGAACUUCUUUAUCUUACCUCAACAUUGGAUCCCUGUGAUUCAUUUAAGCGGUUUAACAUUGGUGAUAUAUGCAAUCUUGCUGGGAAGUUUUAUCCUCAAGAUUUUACUACCACUGAGUUGCAGGCUUUACAUCAACAAUUGAGAUUUUAUAAGACUGAUAUGGAUCGUCUUCCAGCCUUCAAGAAUCUUGAUUCUAUUCCUAAAUUACUUAAGUGCUUACUUGAAACAGGGUUAACACAGACCUACCACUUGAUUGAUAGAUUGACUCGUUUAGUGUUAACUCUUCCGGUUUCUACAGCAACAACAGAACGUGCAUUUUCUUCUAUGAGACUCAUCAAAAAUCGACUUCGGAACAAGAUAGAGAAUGAGUUUUUUGCUGAUUGUAUGAUACUUCACAUUGAAAAAGAAUUUGCUGAUAGUAUCGAUAACGAAUCAAUAAUUAAUGAUUUCAACUCUUUGAAGCCUAGAAGGGUGCAACUCAAAUAG